CGCUGGAGUGACGCGGCGGCGCGCACGUGACGUCACGCAACCGGCUUUUCUCUCUCCGCUCCUCCUUGCGCACUGGUCUGCAGACAUGGCGAACGUCGCAGACACCAAACUCUACGACAUCCUCGGAGUAUCUCCCUCAGCCACCGAAAACGAGCUCAAAAAGGCAUACCGAAAAUUAGCAAAAGAGUACCACCCUGAUAAAAACCCCAAUGCAGGUGACAAGUUUAAGGAGAUCAGCUUUGCAUACGAGGUGCUGACUAACCCGGAGAAGAAGGAACUGUAUGACCGGUAUGGGGAACAGGGCUUGCGUGAGGGAGGCGGUGGUGGAGCUGGAAUGGAAGACAUCUUCUCUCACAUCUUUGGUGGAGGUUUGUUCAGCUUCAUGGGCGGCCAGAGCAGCAGGAGCCGAAACGGCGGUCGGCGGAGAGGAGAAGACAUGAUACAUCCACUCAAGGUGUCUUUGGAAGAUCUUUACAAUGGAAAAACAACUAAACUGCAACUCAGUAAGAAUGUACUCUGCAGUGCCUGUAAUGGUCAAGGGGGUAAAACUGGGGCUGUGCAGAAGUGUGCCACAUGUAGGGGACGUGGCAUGAGGAUCAUGAUCAGACAGCUGGCCCCCGGUAUGGUACAGCAGAUGCAGUCUGUGUGUACUGACUGCAAUGGAGAGGGGGAGGUGAUCAAUGAGAAAGAUCGCUGUAAAGAGUGUGAGGGCCGUAAGGUGUGUAAGGAGGUGAAGGUUUUGGAGGUGCAUGUGGAUAAAGGAAUGAAACAUGGACAGAAGAUCACAUUCACUGGAGAGGCAGACCAGUCGCCCAACACAGAUCCUGGAGACAUUAUACUGGUGAUGCAGGAGAAAGAGCAUGAGGAUUUCCGUCGCGAUGGCAAUGACCUGCACAUGUGUCACAAGAUUGGCCUGGUGGAGGCGCUCUGCGGUUUUCAGUUUACGCUUGCGCACCUCGACGGACGACAUCUCGUCAUCAAAUACCCCCCUGGCAAAGUCAUAGAGCCAGGUUGUACAAGGGUCGUCCGAGGGGAAGGAAUGCCUCAGUACAGAAACCCAUUUGAGAAAGGAGAUCUGUACAUCAAGUUUGAAGUCCAGUUUCCAGAGAACGGCUGGAUCAGCACAGAGAAACUAACGGAGUUGGAGGAUCUGUUGCCGUCACGUACAGAGGUCCCUGUCAUCUCGACUGAUGCAGAGGAAGUUGACCUGCAGGACUUCGACCUCAGUCAGGGGUCAUCUAGCGGUCAACGACGUGAAGCGUACCACGACAGCUCCGACGAGGAGGGGGGUCCACAUGGACCAGGGGUGCAGUGUGCCCACCAGUAGUCACAGAAGGUGUUUUUUUGGAAAUGUAAAGAUUCCCUUUUGUCGGACAGAUUCAAACAUCAUAUAGUAUAGUGGACCGAACACACACACACACACACACACACUAUCAAGAGUCACAUGGAUUAUUUACAUUCAGGCUACACUCAGACAUGCAAACCUACAUGCACUCAUACACUGUAGCAUAACUACAGGCAAAGCAAAAUAAUUUAUUCAUCACUACUUUCAUUUCCAUUGUAGAAUUUCACAGUAUAUAUGCUCUCUGAAUAAAUAAAACUUGAUAUUAGAGGGAGGCAGACUUUGUGAUUUAAGAAAUAAUUAACACGCAUACAUUUGUUAAAGAGUGACUGAGGUGGCGUUUACUGGAGUUCAUUAAAGAUGUUCAAAUGUGUUUCGUCAAAUGUUCAGGAAUUGUUAAUCAUUUUGCAUUAUUACUUCGGAAGUACUUACACGUGGGCAACAGUGGCUAUCAAAGUGAUAUACAACACACUCUGUUUGAGAUUAAAAAGAUGCAACCAAAAUCUCAGUGUUUUAUUGUGCUCAUUGUAUACAAUAAAGAUAUAUGAGUCAUGCAUUUCUUUAAUUAUUUGUCAAAGAAUCACUACAGUGAUCUUGUAAAAUCAACAGCAAAUGUGUGCAUGCAUUGUAAGCACUAAUAUAGACCUGUAGGGGGCGCUUUUUUAUAAAUGGUAACUAAGAAAGUGCUUGAACCAUGAACACAAGUUGCUCUCAUUCAAACACAGUUACUUCCGUGAUUAAACAUCAAUAAAGUCGAUGAAUGUUUGGAGUGUGUGCUCUA